AUGUCGACGCCAUUGUCUCAGCAGACAUCCUACCCCUCAGAUGCACCAACAGGCACCUACCUGGAACCAGAGCAUCAGCUGCAUAUCGUCAACUCCAUUCAACAGAGCGAAUCCAGCACCUCUUGGCUCCCAGGAGCGCUUCUCGAUGUCGAUGCGUUGGAUUUCACCUUGACCUCGGCAAUUUCGGAAUGGGCGCAACUGCCUCCCAUCCCGUCCAUCCCGAGCUUGACUGACAACGGCCCGUUCCUUACCCCAACUUCGGUGCAGACCGCGGAAUUGCCAGCUGACAUUAUGAAGCGAAAAUGGUUUACGCGUCUCACUAAAAGUUCCGGCACUCGGAGCAGGGAGGUUGGUCACGGAAACCUCGCGGCCGAUGAAAACUAUCGAGCAGGCCUCUCGCAGAGGCUCCAACCUCGGAUGCACGAUGAGGCCCUUCCUUCGGCUGAGCAGCUCAAUCUCUUCGCCAACCAGUUCUUUACCCGCUUUCACCGACUUCUCCCGAUCGUUCAUGUGCCCUCAUUCAAGCCCACCACCGAGAACUCGUUACUGUUUAUAUCAAUCUGUUCGGUUGGUAGCCUGUUUAUAGGGUCAUCACACGCGGUCGCACAAGGGACUCGUCUAUUUGAGAGGCUGAAUAAAGCGAUUCUGGCGUCCUGGGAGUCAGUUCUGGCUCGCAGCUGCUCCGACGCGUUGUCCAUGGUCCAAGCAGCCAUUAUCGGCCAGACGUUUGCCAUUCUCUCCGGCCGUCCCAAGGACCUUAUUCUGGCGGGUGUUCUGCAUGGUACAGUCAUGGCCUGGGCGCGGGAGUCCGAUAGAAAUGCACUGCCGCUACCCGCCACCCCUCGAGACCUCGAUCUCGAUGACGCUCGCUUGGACGAGCAGUGGAGUCAAUGGAUUGAUCGCGAGCAGCGAUUGAGGGUCAAGAUCGCCUUGAACAUCCAUGACGCAGAGCUUGCAAGCCUACUACACCAUGAGCCCAUCUGCAAGCAUCGGCUCACGCAUUACCCUCAUUUGGCUUCGGAUGCAUUGUUCACCGCGCCGACAGCGGUGAGGUGGGCCAGAGCUUACAAACUUACGGCGACCCCAACAAGCCCUCAAAUGUCGACCACGUACCUCGACAACAUUCUCCCAGGCGAUUCUAGGUUUGCAGCCUACGGACUACUUGAGAGCAUCAGUGCCCACGUCAGUGAGGCUCGGCGGUCGAAUACACUCGAUGACCAGGAAGUGGGGAGAUUAUCCCACAUGCUCAUGUGGUGGUGGGGGAGCAAUAGCACCCAGUCCAGCGUGCACGACAACGAGGACGACCCCUUUGCGUUGCAGAUCCUGUGGCACUCCACCUACAUAGCCAUCUACGCCGACCUCGACCUGCUGGAACGAGCCAGCGGCCGCGAUGGGGAGCCCGCUGCGCAAGCCAGCUACCCGCUUGUGCGUUCGUGGUCGAGCUCACUAGCCGCAAGUAAAUGCUUGGUUCAUGCUUUCCUACUGCAGCGCUACGUGGAGCAAAUGCGUGUCGCCGCUGAGCCGGCCAUCCACAUUCCUCGAGGCCUGUUUCACGCCGCCUUGUGCUGGUUCGCUUUUACUCGAAUUGGAGGCCAGCAAGGCGUCGAUGUUAAGGCAUUCGAGGCGCCGGAGGUCCAGCUGUCAGACAAUCAUGCGGCGCCGCCUGGAGCACUCGGGAAGACAGGCAGGGACUGUAUUUUGGCAGACGCCAACCAGGUGCACCGUUUGAUCGAUAUGCUGAAUCGAGUCGGACGAUGGGGCAUUUCAUCUUCGUUCGCAUCGGUAUUGUGUGCCGCGAUAGAUGGUCACCAUGGUGCAUAG